GCGUUUGCGUUGCCCUCGCGCCCGGUAUGGGGAUCCCUGGUGGUGAAUGCACUGAUUGGCACCAAUCUCAGCGAUGUGCUCUGGGCGUACGCGGUGCAGCUCACGACACCCUUGACGGCCACGCUGGGACUGUCCCUCACCGUGCCCUUCGGCAUGAUCUCAGAUGUGCUGCUCCGCGGGAAGGACGGGGAUCGUCGGGGCGCGGAAGUGCGGGGGUUUGGAGUUUUCGUUGGGGUGCAAGGUUCGGGGGUUGAGGGUCGCAGCUCUCAGUUUCAAAAUUUCGGACCAAAGUUGAGGGGCGCUUUGGUUAACCCGUCUGGUUUGCAUUUUGGUCUUACUGAACUUGUUUGUCAACAGUCCUUAAACUGCCAAGUCGGCGCGAGGAGUUUGACGCCCAGUACAUCUGUGGCUCCCUGCUCGUGCCUGGGCAAACCAAGCCUGAAGCCCCACACCCAUUCCAGUACCACGGCUUCUGAUAAUUGCUCCCUCUACCGCUUUAGUGCAGCGGGCAAAUUGCAGUGA